AUGCACGAUGAAUGGGAUCGACGAGUGCAUUUCUCGCCCCCUCACGCCGCUCCUUCCGUUGCUCCAUCUACAGUAGUAGAAAACUUUACCGUUAACGCAUUUCCCCCAAAUAAGCUCGGGUUGUCGACACAUGGCAGCACGCCAUCGAAAACACUUACUUACGCGUACCAUGGAACGGCGGCAUCCAUGGAAGAUCGCCCAGCCCGCAAUAACACGAAAGAUUCUGCGGACUUUAUCGAGUCUAAGGGAGCUGCAAUAAAUCUUGUGGCAAGCGCCUUUUUCGGUCGAAAUUCACGCAAGGCGAAGGAACGUUUCCACUGGAUGUUCCCGCCUGAUAAAGAUGAGCGCGUCGCUUCUUUGUUGGCAUGGAUCCAGUCGGUGUCAUACGGACUGGGCUCAUUUGGGCUGCAUAAAUUUUUGCAAACACGAGAGCGUGGUGCUCUCGUAGUGAACGCCGAUUAUCGGCCUUCGAAAUCACCUAAUGAACCAGCUUUUGACUGGUUAACAUACCCGGAGCUACAGAAGACCAUGGAUCGUACUCUGCAAGAGUCGGUGGCCUGUUACGAUCCCUCUGCACUGGUGAUCGUUUUCGUAUUUCUCCCAUCCAAGUCGGGCAAUAGCCUGGCUAUAUGGCGCCGCAAGAUUGCGGUGCCGAGUAAUGUACGCCUAGCGUAUCAGGCGCAGAUAACCCAAGCUAUAGAUUCUCUAAGCAGAGACUAUCCUGUAUACGUGGAUGAGAUACCUCCCAAAUCCGAACCCCCUAGCCCUCCUCCAAAGAAACGCAAGUGGUGGAAGUUGUGGCUAUCUACGUGA